AUGCAAACGAACGAGUUACAAGAAGUGGCGCUGGCCCUGCGCACCGCGCGCGACAAUCGAGCCCCCAUCACACCACCCACCAAGACCUGGCCCGCUCUUGACGCGGACUCGGCUUUCGAGGUGCAACGACUGAAUGUCAAGCACGCCGUCAGCAACGAUGAUCGCUUGGUCGGUUACAAGCUCGGAAACAUAGCCAAGCACCUUUCUCUACGAGAGCACCCCCUUCAUCUCGACCACUAUAUCAAGCCCUACGUGGAGCUGGAGCCUGCUUUUGUGCUGCGCAGCUCGCUCCGCGGUCCCAACGUGACGGUAGCCGAUGUGAUCAACGCCAUUGACUAUGCUAUACCUGCCAUCGAGAUCAUCGACUCUCGGGUGGAGAAUUGGGCGAUCGAUCUGCCUGACACUCUGGCUGACAACGGCUCCACUGCCAAUGUCAUUCUCGGCGGCACUCCCCGGAAGCUCACAGAUCUAAAGAGUCUGCGGGAUGUGCGGGGUACGCUCCAGUUUAAUGGUCGGGAGGUGAUGGAUGGAAACACGGGGAAUGUGCUGGGUAAUCCCCUGUCGGCAGUGGCCUGGUUGGUGAAUCGACUGGCUGCAUACGAUAUUGAAUUUCAAGCCGGCCAGGUGAUUCUACCUGGCAGUUGUCUCCAGGCCGUUCCGAUGGAUAAGCCCGGGAAGUGGAGGUGUACUUUUGAGGAGUGGGGCACUAUCGAGUUUGACGUCGCGUGAGCGUGUUUGGACUUUGGGUAGUCAAGGCGGG